AUUUAUUUUAAGGAUUUCAUCUCAAGAUGUCUACUGAAAAAAAGAAAGCAUUAUUUAUAUGUCUCGGAAAUAUUUGCCGCUCACCAAUAGCAGAAGGGGUAUUCCAAAAGACUGUCAAUGAUAUGGGAUUAGGCGAUGAGUGGGAAAUUGACAGUGCAGCAAUAGGUGGCUGGCAUGUUGGUAAUCCACCUGAUUGGAGAGCCCUGGAUACUAUGAAAAAACAUGGUGUACCCUAUAAUAAUUGUGCUAGGCAGAUUGUGUCAGAGGAUUUUAACCACUAUGAUUUUAUAUUUGGAAUGGAUGAAACCAACAUGAAGGACUUAAAUAAAAGAGCACCAAGAGGCAGUAAAGCUAAAUUGCUUCUUUUUGGAGAUUUUGAUCCUCAAGGUGACAGAAUCAUCAGAGACCCUUAUUAUGAUAGUGAUUCAGCAGGAUUUGAAAAAUGUUAUCAACAGUCAGUGAGAUGUUCAAAAGGAUUCUUAGAACGGUUAGCCGCUGGAGAGCUAAACAAUUAGUGGAUAAAAGUUAAAUGAUAUAAAAAGACCAUAAUUUAAGCAGUUAUAUAUCAAAUAAUUUCUAAUGAAAAAACACCUAUACAAAAAUAUAGUUUUUUUUCUAUCAAAGUAUGAAAAUAAUGACAAAAUGUCUUCUUUUUGGUUCAGCAAUACAUCAAGUUCAAGAUACAUACAGUCACACAUACAGUCAAUGAUAUGUCAGGUUUUUU